ACAAUGGAGACAUUUGUUUUAACUGACCGUCAUGCAACCUGUUACAUCUUGUUCCAACAGCAAUUGCCUCACUCAGUUUUCAAUCAUAGCACAAAGGAAGAAAUUCACCUUAGAGAAAUCAUCAAGAACUGACCUUCUGCUGCUGUGAAGUUGAACAGAGAUGGUCGUCAAGCAACUGCUUAACAUCCCCAUUCUACUCGUCCUUCAUCCAAUGUUCUGUGGAGCAACUGCUCCACAAUGUAGCCAAGCCGAAUCUUCCAUAUAUGGCAUGAUGCUAAAGGGACACGUUAUCAAAACGAUCAAAGGGAUAUCAUUGGGCGGUUUGUGCUUACAGGAAUGUUAUCGUGACGUCAGGUGUCAAAGUUACAAUUACCUUAUUUCCCGAGCAACGUGUGAAUUAAACGACCGCACCAAGGAGGCCAAACCUGAAGAUUUUGUUCCUGAUUCUGGAAGAUAUUAUUUUAGACGAGACAUGAAUAGAGUACCCCUCGGUUCCAUUCCUGAACUGCCCGCUGAAACAUGCAAAGAAAUCAAGGCCAGUGAAGGAGGAGAAGCGGUCAGCGGCAAAUAUUGGUUCGAUUCUAUAAUACCCGGGGAGACUGUGCUCGCUCACUGUGACAUGGAGAAAGAAGAUGUGGAUGAAUGUAGCGCUUCAAUCCUCGUGUGUGACGUGAAUGCCCACUGUCAGAAUACCCAGGGCUCUCAUCGUUGUUCUUGUAAAGCUGGAUUUACCGGAGAUGGAAAAACUUGCACUUCGCAGUUGUAUGUGACGACGUCAAGUUCAUGUGCUAAUCUUUUAACCAUCCGGUCCAGUACGAGUGGUAUGAUAUAUUCAAACAAACAAGGAUUCUACAAUAAUUCCAUGAGAUGCCAUUGGUCUCUAUCUUCGAACAGCAACUUGGAACUCAUUUUCUUCAGAUUUAAUACCGAAUCAGGUUGCGAUUUCGUUAAUGUGUAUGAUGGCGGGUCUUCCUCCGAUCCUCUUAUUGGACGGUAUAAUGGAACGUCCAUGCCUGGAGCCAUUACAAGUUCGUCCAACCAGCUUUAUAUCACCUUCACAAGCGAUGGUUCAGUUACGCCCUCUGGGUUUGCAGCAAGUUAUCACGUCGUUAACUCAAUUCGCCUGAUUGGUGGUAGUACGCCAUUAACUGGGAGGGUGGAAGUUUUUGCUGGCGGUGAAUGGGGUACAAUCUGUGAUGAUGGUUGGGAUAUAAAUGACGCUAACGUGGUGUGCAGACAACUUGGUUUCCCACAAGCUUCUCAAGCUUACCGAGGCGCUAAUCAUGGUCAAGGAGCAGGCCGGAUAUGGCUUGAUGAUCUGACAUGUUCAGGUGGUGAGUCGUAUAUCUCCGACUGUGGAAAUCGCGGCGGAUGGGGAAGUCACGACUGCUCUCACAGCCAAGACGCCAGCGUGCAGUGCUCUUCUUCCAUACCUUGAUCAAAUACAAUACCUUGAUAGUAAGAGUGGAAAAAAGGAAAAGCCUUUGAGCAUUAGAUGAUGAUCGGUUUAUUGCCGCUUGUUGGAAGACUAUGAUCAAUGGUCACUAAUACUAUUAAAAUCAAUAUCAAUUUAUUCUUUAUUGCUUCUAAUAUGCUUGCAGAACAAUCUAGAUAUCAGUAUUUGGCAAUUAGCCAUCUGCCCGUUAAAUCGUUGAUAGAGAUCACUACCGCGUUAAACGUUAAUGUUUUUGUCAUUUAUAGCUAUAACAUAUAAGAUUUUUUUAUUCAUUUCAUAUUGCUUGCAUCGAAGAGUUGUGAGUUUUCUAGAUCUUACCCUAAGCUAACACCUGACAUUAAGAAUGGCUUAGUUAUAGCUGUGGUCGAUUCAAACUCUUGAUUUACAGGAGAAACUAUGGCACAGAGCUUUUUCUCGAGAGAAAAUUGACAUGAUCGAACGUUUUAGUUUCUUUAGGAACCCGCAAAUAAAAUCAAUUAACUCGGUAACGCUGACUUUUUUUCAGUGUUUAGAAAUAUCAGUUUUUGUGUGCAGUCUUAAGCAUUUCAAUACAUAAAAACAAAACCAAAAAAACAAGGAAAAAACUACGGAUUUGCUGGGACCAAUUUUAGGAUAUGUUUGGCAUCUAUUUGAUAUUUGUUUAAUUGGCAUUGUUUUCAUUUGAUAUUUACUCUAGCGACAUUUAUUCAUAUUUGAUUAACUCGGUAUUUCAUUUGUUCAGGAAUUUCCCCUGCCAUCGACAGAACUGAUUAUGACGGGACAUUCCCUGAUAUUCUUUGAAUACUUCGGUUUGCUUGCAGGAGAGGAUUUUCCUAUUUCUAUUAUUGUGGGUUCGUUUUUGGGGAACAAAAUAUACCAAUGGUAUUUACUAAACCUUAACAGUGUGUAAAAAGGGUUAAUAAACCACCAAGAAAAGAAAUAUGUUCUUUUAAAAAAAGUUCGGAGCUCCGUUCUAUGUUAAUUUUAGCCAACAAUCAUAGGUUAAACGUAAAGAAAACAUCGAAAAGAUGCUAAUAGCUUAUGGAGGAAACUCGUUUGUGGUUUAUUUACUUUUAGAUAAUUGAUAAUAUUUACUCAAUAUACUCUUAUCUAGGCUGUGAGAUUCUUGUGUGUUUAUCGUAGCUAACUGUGUCUCAACAGCUUUCCUUUAUGUUUUGGCUUACAAAAGCUUUUACGGCAUCAGAACCAUGUUAGAACUGUUCAUAUCAAUGUCCUGGAAUUUGGAUUAUUUUAAGUUUAGUUAACGAUUUCGUAAUGUCUUCGGACAACCUACGCUUAACUUCAAUCUUACGGCUAAACUCUGAGAAACGAUUUAGCUGGACAUAUUCUACAAACACGUAUUUCUUCCAUCAUUAUUGAGGUUUACUUUAAUCUGUGAAUCAGGACAAACAACCAAACCUCGACGAACUCUAUUUCCGUUGCCAGUUACGUUACUUUCAUUUAGGAAACAAACAUCAGCUAACAUUACAUCCGAAAACGUGAUUUCAGCUGGCAUGCCUCCUGAGAAGCAAUAUCCUUAAAAAUAAAAAUCUACUUUAGGUUGAAUCCAGGUCACACAUUUAUGCAUAAUGAGGAGUUUUCUUAAACUCAUUAAAAUCUUGCUGACCUCUACAUUUCUAACACUUUCGAGGUCCGUUUUUCUCAAUUCGUGACUUUAAACUCAAUUUUCUAUGCUCUAUCAGUGUAAUACUUAAUAUAAUUCACUUUUCAUCAGGACCUACACCAAAAUCUUAGUUAGUUUUCUGUAUGUUUACUUUCAUUUUUAUGCAUUCCUUUGCAUAGAAAUCUCUUGGAAUACAGAUUUUUACAAAAGUAAACAUACCAAGAUAUGAUGAUGAAAUCUCUUAUUUUGGGCAACUCGAACAGCUGAAGUCACCUUUUAGGCAUGACAAAGAUAUUUGAUUUAGUUAGUUUUAGUAAAUUAGGUUUCUCUGACAUAAAUUUGAGUGCAGCUUA